CUUAAGGACACUAGAGACCCGGACAUUGUAGGACCUCGCGGCACUAUUCGGGGCCGACUGGAUGGUGUCUUGGAUAAAAUGAAGCGCAAUGUCGAGGAUUGCGGGAAUGCCACUACAAGUCGAAAUUCGUCGUUCCUCGUGAUUAGCGGGAACUUUUCCCAGUGUAUACAGGAACUUCGGGAUGCCUUGGCCAUUAGGACGGCGUUGGGAAGAUUUGCGAAAGAAGUGAUCAUGCGCGGUGGAAUGGAUCCAGGUUUCGAAAGCGAAGACAGGUUAACGGAGCUAGUGAAAUUCGCCAAGCAUCAGGAAGCACAGAUUCAAGCACGCUCUGAUGCCCCAUCCAAAGAUGUCAGCAAGCCUGCUUCACAAACCCCAUCGGCGCACGGAUCGGUUGCGGAGCAGUACCGCCUUCGUGCCUCGCUGCUUCACGAAUUGCGCACUCCUGUAGCCAGCUCACUCGACGAGACUCGUACGCUCUUCAUGUUCAAGCUCGAUAAACAGACAGCCGAGAUCAAAGAUGCCAUCAAGGAUUCUGAAACGCGCAUUAUGUCGGCUCUCGGCGCCAAAUUUAAACGGGUCAAGGGUCCACAUCUCCAAUUUAUCUGGAAAGAAAUGAUACUAUACUUCAUCGCAGAACUCCAUGAUUAUUUCACGCAACGUUUCUCCAACCUGCAUAAUGAUGCUCCACGCCCAAAAGACCAUGCAGACGAGUGGUGCUUGAAAUAUCUGUCAGUUUUCUACAUUUUGAGUUUAUCCGAAGUCUUCGACGAGGACGCAAAUGGCUUGAUCAGCGUAAGGGAAGUUAAUGCCUUUACUUCCGCGAUACUUCCGGGCUUGAUUGUACCUCAAGCACUUGCAUACUGGGCUGCAGGUUGGAGAGUGGAUAGCCAACAUUACCACACACGAAUUGAACAAGUCUUGCACAGCAUGGUUCAUGCGCAAGCAGACGUACUGCCGGUAAACGGGAGGUGUAUCGCCUUGUACUUGGAUUCAGAUGCUAUCCAGGGCAUCAAACGGCUCGUGCGCUCUCUUGCAGAGCUUGGGCCAGAGGACUCAGACUUAGAUCUCACGCGAUUGUCUGAUAGAUAUCGCAACGUUCAGGAGAAGGACUUGGUGAAAAGACUUGACACUGUAAAGUAUGAAAUCGACUCCAAAGAUUCCUUCAAACUUUUCGGAUCUGAUCGCAUCGAAAAUUUCUUGCUGCCAGUGCUUUACCUCGUUACGAGGAGGCAUCUACAAAUCAUGAAACUCGCCAGGACAGUAAUUCUUGUGGAUAGAGAAUUUGAAUGUGCAACUCAAACGAUAUCUGAUAUAUUGGAAGCGGUGGAUCUGCGUGUUGAACAACUGGCAGAAUCAUUUCGCCAGCAAGGAACAGAUGCAAAAGCAAGGUUCACGUGGUAUGCACACAGCUUGUACAACUUUUGGUACAGCCCAGAACGAACCGCAGACGACGCUGAAUGUUGGGAAGCCCAUGAUUUUGAGCUUGACGACACUGAGCUGGAGAUUGAUAAGACAGCGUUGAAACUUGGUCCCUUCAGUCUGACAGAGGACCAGGAAUUGUUAGAAAGGCCUGUGAAGCUCGUCGCAUAUGCCCUUAACCAGCAGCCUGAAGAUCCCAAGGACGAAUAUAUCCGUUUGUGGUGCUUGAAUAAGCUCCACAAUAAGAGAAAGUCGUUCCCUUUGGAAACCUCACCUUACCUAUCGCCCGAGCAACAACAAAGGUUCAAAGCCCUGUCCAAAGGGCUGCCUGAAUCAGAUGUCCAACGCUGGAGUUCAUUAGCUGAACUUGAGACACACAAACGAUUGUUUGAGUGUUGCUGCGACGCAUGCCACUCCCUUAUUACUGAUGUAUAUCACCGUUGUAUAGACUGCGAUGAUGACGGGUAUGAUUUGUGUUCAGAAUGCCAAUCUCUACCAAUUUCAAAACACAAAUAUCCAUCGGACCACAAGGCGACGCACAACUUGCUUGUUUUCCGCAUGGUGCUCCCUUAUAGUCGCUGCAGCCGGGUUCGGUGGCAUGCCAGGAAUUUCUUAUCUGAUAUUCUGCCCACCACAACACCACCGGAAGACGUAUGCCAAACGCAAUCAGACGGACCUGAACUUCCGCAUCCGACAGCAGCCACUCGAGCAGAUGAUUCUUUCGCAUCUGUUGAUUUGCGGGGAGUAGCAUUCGAGAGGAUACUUGGAACCUCAGCCGCGAACGAGGAUGCCUAUUCUUGUGCUGAAUGCGACGUCAAGAUGAAGGGCACUUUUUAUGUAUGCUUUAACUGCGGAGAAAGCCAUUUCCCCAUUGCCCUAUGCGGCGAUUGUGCAUUUCACGAUGUAUUAAAAGACCGAGUUCAAGAUACAGGCAUCGAAACGUCAGUCGAACCUUUGGCUAACGUGGACGAGACUACUUCGCUUUCCUUACGAGUCGAUAAGCUGGCUGCGAUGGUGGAAUCUCGCUUCGUGGGACAAGAUCUCCGACUUAGUGCACUUGUGAAACAGGUUGAACAGCUCGUGCAUAGCAUAGCUGCGUUGACGGGAAAAGCAGAGCUUCCUUCUGAAUCCGUCACUGUUUGAUUGGCUCAUAAUUUGACAGACUGUUGUAUUUGAUUCUCGCUGUCUCCGUAACCUUGUACUAGUAUAUAUCGAUCAGUACAGAAUUGCUAUGUCCUUCGUGCGAGCGUGCCGCUGUACCCGCUCAACUACAU